AUGGGCAGCCUCACCACCGCCGACCCCGCGGUCGUCUCUGACUUCUCCGUCGCCGCCGCCAACCAUGCAGCGUUCGAGCCGCUCAACCCGGAGGACGUCCGUGCCUGCCUCCACAAGGCCGUCGACUUCAUCUCCGACUACUACGCCAACAUCGAGUCCUUGCCCGUCCUCCCCGACGUCGAGCCGGGGUACCUGCAGCGCGAGCUCAUGGCGUCCCCGCCCUCCUACUCCACGCCGUUCGACGUCACCAUGAAGGAGGUCAGGGCCUCGGUCGUGCCCGGGAUGACGCACUGGGCCAGCCCAAACUUCUUCGCGUUCUUCCCUGCCACCAAUAGCGCCGCCGGCAUCGCCGGCGAUCUCAUCGCCUCCGCUAUGAACACUGUCGGCUUCACGUGGCAGGCCGCCCCUGCGGCGACCGAGAUGGAGGUGCUAGCGCUGGAUUGGCUCGCGCAACUCCUGUGCCUGCCGGCAACAUUCAUGAACCACACCAACACUGGCGACCGUGGCACCGGUGGGGGCGUCAUUCUCGGCACCACCAGCGAGGCAAUGCUGGUCACCCUAGUCGCCGCCCGUGACGCCGCGCUCCGUCGGAGCGGCUCCAUCGGCGUGUCCGGCUUGCCGCGUCUGGCGGUCUACGCCGCUGACCAGACCCACUCCACCUUCUUCAAGGCGUGCCGCCUUGCCGGCUUCGACCCCGCCAACAUCCGCUCUAUCCCCACCGGGCCAGAGAAUGACUACGGCCUCGACCCGGCGAAGCUGCUCAAGGCCAUGCAAGCUGACGUUGACGCCGGCCUCGUGCCAACGUACGUCUGCGCCACUGUGGGCACUACGUCCUCCAACGCUGUCGAUCCGGUGGGAGCCAUCGCUGAUGUUGCUGCAUUGUUCUGCGCGUGGGUCCACGUCGACGCUGCCUAUGCCGGCAGCGCCUGCAUCUGCCCGGAGUUCCGGCAUCACCUCGACGGCGUCGAGCGCGUGGACUCCAUCAGCAUCAGCCCACACAAGUGGCUCCUCACCUGCCUUGACUGCACCUGCCUCUACGUCCGCGACGCUCGCCACCUGAGUGACUCCAUGGAGACCAGCCCGGAAUACCUCAAGAACGACGCCACCGACUCCGGCGAGGUCACCGAUCUCAAGGACAUGCAGGUCGGCGUGGGCCGCCGCUUCCGGGGUCUCAAGCUGUGGAUGGUCAUGCGUACCUACGGCACGGCCAAGCUCCAGGAACACAUCCGCAGUGAUGUCACCAUGGCCAAGAUGUUCGAAGGUCUUGUCCGCGCCGACCAUCGGUUUGAGGUAGUCGUGCCUAGGAACUUUGCCAUGGUCUGCUUCAAGAUCAAGGCCAGUGGAACCAUGACGGAGGAAGAUGCCGAUGAAGCCAACCGUAUGCUGAUGAAGAACCUGAAUAAGACCGGCAAGGCGUACCUUGCGCACACGGUGAUCGGCGAUAGGAUCGUGCUCCGGUUCGCGGUGGGGUCGACGCUGCAGGAGGAGAGGCAUGUGAGGAGUGCCUGGGAGCUCAUCAAGAACACAACCAACGAGAUGAUGAUGGAUUAA